GCCCUCGUCGCCUUCGCCGCCGCAGAAGUGCCCCAAGAACACUCACACGAGAAAUACCUCCGCGCCGUCAACGCCCUCCUCAAACAAGACAAUCCCAACAACAUCCAAGACGCCGUCUUCGGCCUCCUCGGCAACGCCGCCGCCGCCGCGGGCGCGGGCGACGUGACCAACCUCGACUGCCUGCACCAGACGACGGCCGACUCGGCCUUCACGACGGCCAAGGCGGCGGGCGACGUCGACGGCAUGGCGAGCGCGCUCGUCUUCCGCGCCGUGGAGCGCAACACGGGCAAAGUCGGGCUCAAGAGCGUGCUGUGCGACGAGACGGCUGCGAACCCCGAGAUUGCGGCGCUGAGCCAGCACCAGGAUCCGGCUUCGGAUGGAGCGGCUGAGACGAAUAAGGCUAUUACACUUGAGCUUGCUAAGCAGCUUUCUGCUAUUGGGGCUGAUCCGCAGCUUGCGCUUGAUGCUGGUACUUUUGAGCCUGGUGAUGUCAACGACAACACCGGAGCCGGUAACACCUGCGACGAUGCCAAUGAUACGGAGGGAUGCAUCUUUAGCCAGAACCUCAUCGUCAAGGAUGCCACCCCAGAGGAGAUUGAUGCCGCUGCUGCUGGAGGAGGUGCUGGCGGAGCCGCUGCCGGCAACGCCACGUCCGCCGCAGCCAACUCUACCGGCAAAGCAAGCCGCUCGCGCAGCAGAAGCUUCCUGAGCCGUGCCAUCCUCUCCCAGCGCGAUAUUGAGGGCAUCAGCGCCUCUGCCUCCGAGAAAACCCGUCGCCAGUCGAAGAACAAGAACAACAACAGCAACAACCCCAACGCCAGCAACAACAGCACCACCGACGCAGCCACAGGCACGACAGACGUCCAAACCUUCACCGGCACCCUCGGCGGCCCCGCUCCGCCCGUGACCUCGGACCCCUCCGCAGACAAGCCCUUCUCCGUCAACGGCGCAACCUUCCUCAACGCCGGCGCGGCCCUGCAGCGCUCCUGCGCAGUCCAGCACAACGCUUGCGCCAACGCCGCGAACUCUGGCUCCGGGGACAUUUCCGUCUCAGACUGCGACGCGCAGGAAGACGACUGCCUCGCGGCCUCGUCGCAGACCAAGCUCCGUCGCGCGUCGGGCCUGAACGCGCGCGGUGCGAGGAGGAUGAGGAUCGCGACGACGGCGUUGUUGAAGGGACGACAGGCGUUUGAGUUUGGCGAGUGCCAAGACCCGAGUAUUGAGUUUGCUGAGGGACUUGAUGGGCGCAAGGAGGCUUCGUUUGCUCCCGCUGGCGACUUUGAGCAUGGCAGUGCGUUGAAUAUUGGUGUGAUUUCGGGGUUCAUUUGUGGGCAGUUGGAGAGCCGGUGUCAGGCGGAUGAGGCUGCUGUUGCGGCUUGUCAGCAGGGUGAGGCGGCUUCUAAGGGGUUGAAGGGGCAGGCUGCUGCUGAUGCGUUCAACUCUGCUUUGGGGCUUUGA